AUGGACGACUCAGAUUUUAUAGAGAAAUCGCUUAAAUCGACCAGGGAGCUAAAAUGCAAAUCGGAGGACGAAAUUAUUUCAAAGCCAGUGAUUACCAGUGAUUAUUUGCUACCGGGUAGUGAUAAGGACAAGUGCUUCGUAUGCAAUAAGGAUUUGAAACAUAUGGAUGAAUUGCGCAAAUCAUUACAUAUCAAUCAUUGUUUGGACCAGCAAGAGGCAUGCAGUAAAUAUGAAGCAAAAAAGGAAGAAUGGAAAAAAGUAGUUGAUUGUCCUAUAUGCGGUGAACCUUUAGAGCCAGGACCAUUCCGUGCAGCACAUGCCAAACGCUGUGGUAAAAAGCAUCACGUUAAUCCUACCAGUCUUUUAUUGCUGUUGGAUACGCAGACGAAAGUAGCGGAAGCAAAAAAACGAAAUGGUACUAUACAUACAAAAUUAAAGGAGCCAAAAUUAGAAAAAAAAAAGCGUCCGAAUCGGUUCAAUGAGGAACCACGUUCACUAUUUGAUGAGCAAAUAAAGCUGACGACAGCGUUAUCUGCAAGCAUGUCCUUCAGUGGAAGUGAACUAUACUCGGAAACACAGGAGAUACCACAGAAACCUAAAAUCAGAUGCAGAAAGCUACGACCUCGAUCAUUUUCGUUUGUAGAGCUUGAACCACGUGCAUGCAAGUGUGAAGUGAUUGAAAAAAUACAGGAGAAUUUUCUCAACAUUUUCAAAACUCGAGAUGAAAAACAAGAUGUGCACAUAAUGCUGAAAGAAAAAAUUCAAAAUACCGAAGAGAUCUUGAAAAGUGCAGGAGUGUGCGUGCGUAAGAUGAAUAGCUUGGAGCAACUGGCAAAUGAUUUAGCUUGUUUUACUGAAAGCAACAGUGAUAUUAUUAUUUUUUCACGCGAAAAUGAAACUUUUUUAGCUUGUCGAUUUAUUAUAGCUGCUCGAGCACCAACACUUUUACAGCACUUGAAUCCGGAUGGUUCUUUGAUGUUAAGGGAAUAUUCAGGAGCAGCAGUCAGGUCUUACUUGGCCUUUUUAAUUUCGGCUUCAAUAAUUUGGACCGAAAAUGAGCGUGAAGAAGUGCAUUCCAUGGCUGUAAAAUAUGGACCGAAGGGUUUAGCAGCAUUAUGUAAAUCUGCGAAGUCGAAAGUGAAUUCCUACAAAGAAACUGCAGAAUGCCGUCAAGAAAUAGACGUUAAUGAUGGUAUGAAAAAAGUUCCAAGUAAGGAAAAAAUUGAAGAAAUGGAAGGAGGACGACAUUGCUCUGAUGCAAAGCCAAGAGUUUGUGAUGAUGGAAAAGAAGAAACAACGAAUACAAAUUCGGAUGAUCCAUCAAUUAUUUUUGUUGAGGAAGUUAGGGGAAAUACUGAGAUUGUUGAAGCGGCAAAAAGUAUGCGCAGUUUAUUGAAAGAAGCAUCAGAAAAUUUGUCUAGACCACCAGAAUCAGAAUUCCUUAACAACGAAGAUGAUGAAUUCAUUAGUGGGGAUCCUGAAUUACUUUAUUAUUCGUUACCAGAGUAUAAGAAGUCAUUGAUGGAUGAAAAGUGUGGAUUUUUAGAGAAAGGAAUUGAUAAACUUGAUGCUCCUAUUUCUUCUUCUCCACUGCCUCUUUGUGUUGCAAAUGUAGAUGCCGUAGACCAUUUUAAUGACUCCGUUGAAAGUUUGCUAAAAAAACUUUCACCAAUCAAACCAUUGCCGUCACGCGAUGAAGAACUUUUAUCUCCACUUCAUUCCGGUCAGGCAAUAACUGAUAAUUUAUUCGACAAUUUAUCACCGGAAAAACUCCUCAGCUCAUCAAACUCCACUUCUAAAUCUAAAGAAACUCAUUUGUCUAGGAAGUCAUUGAUAAAAACGAAAAGUAGUCCAGAAUUUUCAUUCUUUCCAAGAAAGUCACCAUCACCUUUGUUGUCAGCAUUAUCAUUACUCGAUCGGGCUUCUGUUUCUCCCAACAACAUUUCCUUGUCACCAGAAAAAAAAAGAAUGCGAACAACAGUCCUUACGCGUCAAGCCUCCACACCGGAGGUUCCAACAAGUCGUCUUGUACGGCGAUUCGAGGAACUGAAUUCGGACGUAAAGAUUCUGAAAACGAAAAAUAUUACACCAAUGCCGGCUUAUGAUUUGAUGAAUGAUAAAGAAUUAAAGGCGGAAUUGGCAAAAUUUGGUAUAAGACCGAUGGGUAAAAAACGAGGGGUUACACUCCUUAAAAGGAUUUAUGAGGAAACACAUCCAGUGCUAGAGAGUACACCAUUAUCAAGGAGAAACAGAAGUAAUAGGCGAAUAAUGGCAGAGAAGAGCGAAGAGUAUUGUAGUGAUGAAGAAUUCGAUACGGACAAAACAUUAAAUCGAAGUUUAAAUGAAUAUGACAUCAUGGAGGAGUCUUGUGUGAAUGAAGAACAGUCUGCAGUUCUUCCAAAAGAUUUGGAAGGUAUGCAAAGCGUUUUGCUUAAUUGGCUACGCAGGGAAGAAAAUUCUAGUUUGUACAAUCAUCUGCUUGGCCUAAACGUGAUUUGUUUUGAAGAGUUUGCGAACCGUUUAUCGCAUGCCGAUUCUGCUGUAUCACAGAUUCCGAAGAAGACACUUAUGGAAAUAUUAGAUCGCUUGCACGUUACUUUUCGAAUGCCAAUGGAUGGGUGGGAUCGAAAAAGAAGACGGGCAAAAAAAUAA